AACUUUGCCGCUUUUUUCUCUUCACUCACAGUUUGAUUGUUUAAUGAUAUUGCAUAUUCCCGCCACUAAUACUUUUCUUCCCAGCUGCAAUUAGUUUUGAAUUGCGUCUUGCUCAUUUUGUAAAUAUAUUUAGGAAGACACGUCAUUCCUUCAGGGCGAGCGCGCACGUGGGACUUGACACAAUAACGCUAGCAAAGUCACAAUGAGCGGGCUUGGCUGGCUGCAGCGAGGCUGGUUACUGUUUAACACCAACAACAGAGCCAGCGGAGUGCUUCCCGGAGCCAAUCUCCCAAACAGCAGCGGAAGCAGCAGAAAUGCUGCAGGUGGACAGCAGCCGACGACAAAAUGGCGAAUGAUGUACCUGGCUGUAUUUGCCAUCUUGUCGCUGAGUGUGCUGGGUCUCUUUUAUUUUGUGUUGGAUGCAGAGCCCUCGCCGCUAUCAGAGCAGCCAGGCCGUGCCGAAAACGACAGCACUGGCGACAUGCGCAAGUACGGCGUAGUCAUUGAUGCCGGAAGCUCAGGGUCGCGCGCUAUGAUCUACGCCUGGGAUGAUCCAUCAAUCCAGCAGAAGCAGCGGCAGCGGCGCCAGACCAGCAGCACGGCCAGCGACUUGGACGCAGCCAAACCUUCGCAGAUGCAGCUGCCGACUAUCGAGCGGGCGGGCGAGCACUGGACGUUUAAGACCUCGCCGGGAAUCUCCAGCUUUGCAGAUCGGCCGCGCAUGGUCGGCGUUGAGCACAUCAAGCCGCUGCUGGACUACGCUCAGGCCCACAUACCCAAACGCCAGAUUGCGCACACGCCCGUUUAUUUGCUGGCCACCGCCGGCAUGCGGCUGUUGCCAAAGUCGCACCAAGCGCUCUUGAUGGACACGGCGUGCACUUUUGCGCGCGCCAACUACGACUUCCUGCUGCCUGACUGCCAAGAGAGCUUCCGCGUGGUGUCGGGCGAGCUCGAGGGUCUCUACGGCUGGGUAGCCGUCAACUAUCUGCUUAAGGGCUUUGGCGGCGACACUGCCGACAGCAGCCGCGACCAGCAGCCGCAGGGCCAUUACUCGCACGGAUUCCUGGAUAUGGGCGGUGCGUCGGCGCAGAUUGCCUUUGAGCCAGCCAAGGUCGCAGCCCAACUCCACCAGAAUGACCUGGCGCAAGUGACGCUGCGCAGUCUCGAUGGAUCCGACCAUUCGUUCCAGGUAUUUGUGGCUACGUUUCUUGGCCAUGGAACCAACGAGGCACGCCGGCGCUAUGUUGACCAGCUCCGGCAGCGAGCAACUGUGGCCGACGGCGCCAACCUGUCAGCGACCAACGACCCGUGCCUGGCCACCGGCCUGGUGCUGCCGACCACCGAUGGAAGCGCGGUACUGCGCGGCAGCGGCGACUUUUUGGCCUGCGUCGCAGCGACCGAGCCCCUGCUGAACAAGACUGCAUGCCCAAUUGAGCCAUGUCUUUUUUCCGGUGUGCACGCGCCCGAGAUCGACUUUGGGCGGCAGAGCUUUGUUGGCGUCAGCGAGUACUGGUACGCGUCACACGACUACCUCGGGCUGGGCGGCGUAUGGGACGUCGAGAAGUUCGAGGCGCGAGCAUCCAAGUUUUGCCAGAAACCGUGGGCCAAGUUGCUUCAAUUGUCUUCCAACGAUCCCAUGGCCGUUGCGCGCCUGCAGAUGCAGUGCUUCAAGGCCGCGUGGCUCGUCAAUGUCCUGCACAAGGGCUUUGGCGUGCCUCGCGCGGCAGUCUCCGCCGACAACGGCGCCGCUGUCGAUAAGCUGGCGCGGUCUGCGACUCCGUUCCAGUCCGUCAACCAAGUGGGCGAUGUUGAGCUGUCGUGGACGCUGGGCGCGCUGCUUCUCCGCGUCUCACGCACGAUUCCCGCCAACUACCGCACGCUGCGCGCAAAGACUGUGCCCGGCAUCCAGCUGUCUGAAUCUGCUGGCGCCAGCGCCAACGACGACGGCGUUGGGCUGGUUGACGACUCGCUUUGGUCCCCGCUGCGCUUUGUGGGCAUCCGUCGGCUCUUGAUACUGUGGUCGCUCCAGCCCACGACCAUCCGCAUGCUGCUCCUGCUGACCGUGGCAGCGGUCAUAACUGUGCUCGCCGGCCUGGUAUAUUGGCUAUGGACGCACAAGCCGGGCAAGUACAAGAAGGUUAGCCAGUUGUCUGGCAGCGGUAAUGGCAGCGAUAUCGCGCUGUCGAUUAUUGUGCCGCCAGUCAGAUCGCCUUCAACACUUUUCCCACUGUCUCCUUCACAGUUGGGAAUUGCCGAGGCUGCCUUUAUUGCUGCUGGUGGAGACGAUUUGGACGAUGAAUUGAAUGGCAAGGAGCUGCGCAAGUCGCCAUCGAUGUUUGUUCUGGAUAUGCUGCCUCGGCCAUUCCAAUCGGUGCUGUCGCCGACGUCGAGACCUUCGUCGCCACCAACAAUACCAAGCGCUGACCACCGGUCUCGCAGCGGGGCGCUGGCCGCCGAGGGCUUGUCGAUGAGCCGAUCAUCUAGCUUUAACAGCCUGUUGCUGCUAAAUAGACGGCGUGGCGGUGGUGCGGACUAGUUUAUUUUAUUUUGCAAUUUAUUAUUCGGAAUAUGUUGUAUAUAAGCAAU